AUGUCGUCCAACGAUGACAGAAAGUGCGCGCCAGAAUUAACCACGUAUUACCAGUGCCUCAGCACGAGUAAACGAGAUUUGUCGAAGUGCCAAAACCAGGAGUCGGAACUGAGGAAGUGUUCAAGCACGGAUCCCGAAAAUAACUAUUGUUUAAAUGAACUGGUGGAUUUAUUUCACUGCACAAGGAAUCCUGACACCAAUGGUUGCGCCAAGCAGUUUGUGACGUUCAGGGAGUGUAACAGGCCGGGCGGCCCCGAAAUCAUAAUCAAGGACAACAUGUACAGCGUUAGCCCGAAGCACCUCGAUAAAUACAACUUAAACUCGGAGGUCAUUUGUCCGGUGAAGCCUCCCAAUCGUAGCUGCACAGUGGCCAAGAAGGUUCUGGACAGAAUGAGGGAGGCAUGCGGAUUCAAGAACUUCGAGGAGAAGUUCACACCGCAAGUUAAAUCAUAG